UAAUUAUGUCCUCCCUUUCUUUGCUCGAUCCCACCAGUUUAUAAUCUGCUGCUUUGGAGGGUUUAUCCUCAGCAUCUUCUGCUUUCUCCCUCAGCCUCCCUCCUCGGAGCGAGAGUGGGGAUAAAAAGUCAGCAAAGCACCAGGCUCCAGGUGGCUCUCAAGUACUACACUGCCAAAAGGGGGGGAAAAAAGUCCUAUGCUGGAAAACAAGUGAGAAAGGGGCUCCCCAGAGGAGACUGGUGUAGGCUGGAAGACAGCGAAAUCCGGAAAGCUUGAGGAUACAGCUCGCGCCGGUGCCCAGCGCAGCGAGCACAAGGACGCUUUCGCAGCAAUUAGCCCGAGCUGAAGGCGCCGGCAGAGGCUGCAGGCUGCGGCUGCCCGGGUUGGGAGGAAGGGACCCGCAGCCCCCGAGCUCCGUGCAGAUGCAUCGCGCUCCCUUCUCCUCGCUCCCCUGCUCUCCCCGCUCCCGGCCCCCUCCCCCCUCCCUCUCCUUGGCGUUCCCAGCAGCGGAGGGUUUCAGAUGUCCCACCGCCGUUUGACCCCCUCCCCCCGCUUCUCCACCCCUGCAAAUGAGGUUUGACCAGCAGAGGCAAAGCCCACCUCUGGCUUAGAAUCACUGACAUUUAGACUCCAGGCUUCAACCUGUUUACAAGCGGGCUUUCCAAAGGAAGGGAGUGGGGGAGGGAAAUAGGGCCAAACAAAACACCAACCGCCAUCCCCCCUAAACAAGAAGUGACUUUCUGGAGGCUUCAAAUCAACAGGCACCACCAAAAAGAGAAAGCAAGAGGGGGAAGAAAACAACGCGACCGGGCAGCUGCCUCCAGUUCUGACAACUCCAAAGGGACGCACUUCUAGAACUGGCUAGCAAACUGGGGCUCUGCGGAGGAGAACCAGAAGGUGCCAACCGCAAACGGGCGCAGAUAUCUCCCCCAGCCUCCCUCCCCAACCCCUCUGGGUUUUGUUCACCGUGCUGUCAUCUGUUUUUCAGACCUUUUUUUGCAUCUAACGUAGUGAAGAAGAGAACAAAGUAACUCCUGGGAAAGUGAAGAUCGAGCGUAACCCACACCACCACCGCCACCACCAGCUCCUGCUCCUGCGGCCACCCACGUCCACAUUCACCCGGAGACCGAGGGGCGCGCGCCAGUGGAUCCGAGAAAGGAGCGAGGAGAGGCAGCCGGCCCUUCCGAGGAGUUAUGGAUGUUGGUGCUUUCACUUCUGGCCAGAUCCGAGCCCAGAGGGAGCUAACCAGCGGCCGCCACCUCCAGCUGUCUCCUCGCCUCGCACCAGGUCUUACCCUUCCAGUAUGUUCCUUCUGAUGAGACAAUUUCCAGUGCCGAGAGUUUCAGUACAAUGUGGAAAUGGAUACUGACACAUUGUGCCUCAGCCUUUCCCCACCUGCCCGGCUGCUGCUGCUGCUUCUUGUUGCUGUUAUUGGUGUCUUCCGUCCCUGUCACCUGCCAAGCCCUUGGUCAGGACAUGGUGUCACCAGAGGCGACCAACUCCUCUUCCUCCUCCUCCUCGUCCUCCUCGUCCUUCUCCUCUCCUUCCAGUGCUGGGAGGCAUGUGCGGAGCUACAAUCACCUUCAAGGAGAUGUCCGCUGGAGAAAGCUGUUCUCUUUCACGAAGUACUUUCUCAAGAUUGAGAACGGGAAGGUCAGCGGUACCAAGAAGGAGAACUGCCCAUACAGUAUCCUGGAGAUAACUUCUGUGGAAAUUGGAGUUGUUGCCGUCAAAGCCAUUAACAGCAACUACUAUUUAGCAAUGAACAAGAAGGGGAAACUCUAUGGCUCAAAAGAAUUUAACAAUGACUGUAAGCUGAAGGAGAGGAUAGAGGAAAACGGAUACAAUACCUAUGCAUCCUUUAACUGGCAGCACAAUGGGAGGCAGAUGUAUGUGGCAUUGAACGGAAAAGGAGCUCCCAGGAGAGGACAGAAAACACGAAGGAAAAACACCUCAGCUCAUUUUCUUCCAAUGGUGGUACACUCAUAGAGGAAGGCAUGUUUGUGGAUGCAGUAUAACCAAAGGCUCUUUUGCCAGGAAUAGUUGGUGUUCUUCCUGAAGACAGUAGUCCAAAAGGCAAAGACACAUGGCAGAUGCCUGCUUGCUUGAAAGAAAGGAAGCUUUUGAAGGUUUUUGUACUCACUGCUGACAUAGGAUGUUCUCUUAAUUAGUUCUGUGUCCUGCCUUGUAAUCAAGAUUAUAGGCAGAUCAAAUUGGAUGGAAGUUAUUCCUAAGUGAACAAUACUGUGGCUGAGUUUUUGGGUUAAGUUUUUGUUUAUGUUUUUGUUUUUAACCUCUGAGAUAGGAACUUAAAGGACACAGAACAAUCUGUUGAAUGAUCUUCGGGAAAGUUAUUUAUGGAAUACGAACUCAUAUCAAAGACUUUCAUUGCUCAUUCCAGCCUAAUGAAUCAAUGAGCAGUAAGACACACAAGCAUUUACUGGAAAGCACUUGGGUCAUAUCAUAUGCACAACCAAAGGAGCUUUGGGCGUGGCAUCAUGGAAGAAUUGGAUAGGAUUAAAAAAUAUAAACACAGUAGUGUAAAACUGUUCUAACAAAACAAGUAGUAUGGUAUGCUUGUGCAUUCUGCCUUCAUCCCUUUCUAUUUCUUUCUAAGUUAUUUAUUUAAUAGGAUGUUAAAUAUCUUUUGGGGUUUUAAAGAGUAUCCUCAGCAGCUGCCCUCUGAUUUACCUUUCCAUUUUCUUCAGCACACCACAUGCAUGUUCAUGACAAAGUGUUUUUAAAACUUGGCAAAACACUUCAAGAAUAGGAGAUGAGAUCUGGGGAAAAAGUGUGUGAGCCCCGUAUGCUAUCAGUUGACUUCAUCUGCACUUCUGCCGUAAGAACCAUCAACAGUGACCAUGACAACGCUAUGGCAUGGCUUGAGAGAGAGAUGUCUGCCAUCAUUUAAACGCAUACAUCACUCUUAAGGCUUCCUUUCCUAAGAAGUAGACCGGAAGGCCAAAUUCUUCUCUUUCAAUACAUCAGUGGGUCUCUAAGAAUAUACUAAAAGAGGAAAAAUUAAUUGUUAAAUACAUUUUAGUAGCCUAGACUCAUUAUUUGCUAAUUUUUUGGCCAUAUGUCGCAGUGGCAAGUGAUGAAGAGGCUGUCUGCAUAUGUAAGAACCCUUUAUAAGUCUCAAAUAGUGCAUCUCCCCCAAAAGGAACUAUCAAAAGAAUUUGGUAUGAAGUGCAACCCUCCCAGGGGCUUAAACUGAGCAAAUAUAUUCUGGUAUAUGUGUAACCAUAUACUGAAAACUGUUCAAGCUGUAUGAUCUAGUCUUUACAAAACCAAAUAAAACUUAUUUUCUGUAAAUUUAAAGAGCUUUGGAAGGUUCCACAAUGUAACCUUCUUGAAAUUCAUUUUGUUAGAGCAGGUAUAGAAAACAGUACAUAAGAGUGUACCAGACAUCAUCACAUUGUAUUCCACUAAAUAAAUACAUAAGCCUUAUUUGCAGUGUCUGUAGUGAUUUUAAAAAGUGUAGAAAAAUACUAUUUGUUCUAAAUACUUUAAGUGAUAACUAUAAGAUUAUAUUGAUGCUGCAGUUUUAUCGUCAUAUUUCUUGUUUUGAAAAGGUCUGUUUACUUUUAUUGUUUGGACCCAGUAUUUUGGUACAAAGGAAAGAUUCACUAAAUGAGUCUUUUAUGAAAGUUUAACCCCUAGAAAGACUGGUGUCUUGUGAUUCUCUCUUGUAACUUAAUUGUGUUGAUGCUUAACUAGCACUUCCAGUUAAUCUGUUUCUUAAUAAACUUUCCCAUAAAGUAAUCCCAUAAAAGGUAUGACCAUAUUUUUCUCAUUCCUUAAAGAAGCUGAGAUUUGAAAGAAAACGCAUUUGAUGCAGAGUGUUUUGGCUUUGGCUAAAGUUGCAUCUCAUGGUACUUGGCUUCCAACUUGCUUUUUGACAAAUGGGAUUCUAAAAAUGUUUAAUUUUGUGGUUGGAAUCUGUAUGUUAAAACUGAAUUGGUAACUGAGUCUGAGAGCUAUAAUGUAACACAUUCCUAUCAGAACUAGGUAUCUUUGUUCUUUUAUUUUAAAAUAAUAAUUGCACCUGACACAUGAACAUGGACCACCCACAACCAAAAUUCAAUGUUUGGUGAGACAAAUAUAGUAUUAGAUGACCAUGGUAACAGCAAAUAGGGCACAAACUGGGUUCGUAUUUCACAUAGCCAUUUAGAUUACCAAAGAGACUAUGUGUAAACAGUCAUCAUUAUAGUACUCAAAACACUAAAACAGCUUCUAGCAAAAUGUAUCAAAGCUUGCAGAAGCCAAAAAUAGAAAACAUCUCCCUCACCUCUCCCCCUGCCUCGCCCCCAAAACACACACAUGGACAGAAAUAAAGACAGAAACAGUUUGGUAAGAAGUAAUGAAGUUCUCCUGCAUUUAAAAAUGGCAUCUUUGCUUGAUAUUGAGAUAGAAUUCUGGUCCCCUUUGCAGCUGGAUUGCGCUACUCAAGGAAAAGCAGUUCCAGUCCUGAAUGUUGUAUGUUUUUUUAAAAAAUCGUGAUUUGGGGAGCUCUGCCGCUGUGGGAAGCGUGGCCCCUGGCCAUAAUGUGUCAGCCACAAAUGUGUGUCCAUCUGAGUGUUGCUUUCAAGGAGACGCCUCCUAAAGAUAGAGAUUCCCUCCCUCCUCCCACCUUCCAAAAGGCUGAACAGUGUAUAGUAUGUUACAUUUAAAUAAAUCAAUAAACAUGCUGGGAAAAGAAAGUAA